UAAUAAUUAAAAAUGGAAAGAGCUGCAAAUCUCAUCUUAACAACAGGAUCCCUACUUGUCGGAGGUGGAAUUUUAUUCAAGUCCUUCUUCUAUACCGUAGAUGGAGGAUAAAGAGGAUUAAUUUUUGAUCGAUUUUAAGGAGUGAAAGAAUCUGUCUAUGGAGAAGGAAUGCACUUUUUCAUUCCAGUUAUUUAAGUAUUUGAAUUGCAUAAUGAUUCUCUAGUCACCCAUUGUGGCUGAAGUGCGUCUAUAACCAAAAACAGUGGCAUCUCAUACAGGUACCAAAGAUUUACAAACUGUGGAUAUUGCUAUCAGGAUGCUUCAUAAACCAAUUGAAUAAUAUUUACCUGAAAUUUAUAAGUAGAAUUGCAAAUAUUAUCCAUCUUAGAACUAUUGGUUUAAAUUAUGAAGAGAAGAUUCUUCCAUCUAUUGCUAAUGAAGUCUUGAAGGCAGUCGUGGCCUAAUAUGAUGCAGAUCAAUUGAUCAAAAUGAGAGAGAAGAUAUCCUAGGAAAUUAAGGAAGGUUUGAUUGAAAGAGCAAAGGAAUUCAAAAUUGUCUUGGAAGAUGUAUCAAUUACUCAUUUGGGAUUCAUGAAAGAAUAUGCUCAAGCAAUUGAGGCUAAAUAGGUGGCCUAGUAAUUGGCUGAAAGAUAAAAGUUCAUUGUGUUGAGAGAUGAAGAAGAAAAGAAUGCAAAGAUCAUUUUAUCUGAAGGAGAAUCAGAAGCUGCAAGAUUGAUCAAUGAAGCAGUGAAAUCUUAUGGCACAGGUACUAACUCAUUAUUCAAUAUAAUAGCCUAGAUUGAAAUUAAGAAAUUAGAGACUGCCAAACAUAUUGCCGAAACCUUAGCUAAAAGUCCAAACAUUAGUUGGAUUCCAACUGGAAAUGGAGUUUCAAAUCUAUUGAAUUUGAAAACAUUUUGAGGAUGUAUUUUAUAUUAUUUGAAU